AUGGUUCAUGUCAUUAACAAAAAGUGCUGUCACCUAAUCAACAAUUAUUGCACAGAGGAAACGUAUGAAAACCACAAAAAAAUGAAAAAGUUGUGCAGUGCGGUAUGGAAGCAAAUAUCAACUGAUGACAUGUCAUCAGAAAGGAACUCUAUCACUUCUGUCAUUUCAUCAGACUCAGGAUAUGCUUCAAGAAAGAACACAGAUUUAGAAGUCACUGAAAUAGAGGAUGUGGAUUUUUUAAAUAAAACCUCCUAAAACUUUUCCAAAGAGUACCAACCCAUGAACCCCAAGUCCUGGGAAACACCCAUACACCUUCUCAUUCACACACAAAUGGCGGACAAUUUAGUUGGUCCAGUUCACCUAUAUCAUGUCUUUGGACUUUUGGGGAAACCAAAGCACACGGAGGAAACCCAUACAGAGACUGGGAGAACAUUCAAACUCCUUCCUUUCGCCUGUUAAAAUAAAAAGAAGAUAUUCUGAAGAACAUUGGAAAUGAAUAUGAAGGAGAUUUAAUACAUGCUUUUGACAACUGUUAUUGUGUGUCUUAGCUCAGUUAUUUCAUUUCAAAUGCAAAGAUUAUGCUGUUUGAGAUGUCUUUGUUAUGACAACUUGCCAUAAACAAAAACAUCAGAAACUGUCUUUGUUAUGACAACUUGACAUUACCACAAAAAAAACCUUUUCAUAAA